AUGGCUGCCCGCGAUCCUCGUCCCGCUCACCUUAAUCUUUCGCUCGAACGCCCUUCGCAUGCCGUGGGAGACCCUCAUUAUUCUGAGACUCUUAACGCUUCAUCCGAUGUACAGAGGGGCCGUCCACCCUACCGCGACUCCUACCACGCUGCAACCUCUACUUCGCCCUCGCCUGGACGCACUAGAUCACAGACCCUUCCUGUGGUAACGCCCACCUUCAAUACCGCCAAGGCUAUUAGGCGAAAGCCUCUCUCUUCUACCGCUUCUCAAAUCGCUGCGAGCUACGGUUCCGGUUCCAGCAGCCCGUCAAUCCUGUCACCGAGUGAUCUGCCUGCCCCGGACACGCGAUUCUCGAGGUCAUAUUCUGUCGACAGCCCGACUCUCUACGAAUAUCCCGACAACGUACGCCCUCUCUUCGCUCCUCCUGCUGCUCACCAGAAACUUGACACACCCCCCCCACCUAGCGACACGGCAGCCGACGCGGCUUAUCCUUCUUCGCGAAACAUCCCAAGCACCAACCUUGCAGCUCCUCAAACAAAACCUUCAGACGGCCUGUCAGAAGCUGUCUACCUGACCGCCGACGUCACCCCAACCUUCUCCCCGAAGUUACCGAAACCGUCAACUCACCCGAUCAUCGAGGAGGAGGAGGAGGAUACGGACGACGAUUCCGAGUCAACUUACAGUCACAACACUAAUGAGAACUCUAUCAUGUCUAUAACCGCCGCCAAACCUACUCCUCCCCAUCUGAAUCUACAACAGAAUCGACAAGACUCAUCGCAGACAGUCACGACAGUAUUAGAUGCCCCGCUGUCCCUGACUCCCACCACAUCAGCUACACCAACUCCGUCCCUUAACAAGCCUCUCCCAAAAUCCCCGGGCUCCUCAAAGCUCGUCAACUUUUUUGGCUGGGGAGCAUCUCCGUCGCCGUCGACGACAGAGUUCUCCUCUCUUUCAUCACCUCUAGCAUCUCCACGCCGCGAUACCCUCACAGAUGACACUCCACUCACGACCGGUGUGCCGUCGCUUCUGCCAGAACCAACGAAAAGGAAUGCUACGCCGACAAACGCCCUUGGGUACUGCGAAUCACACCUGCAAACACCUCCGGCUUCCUCCCUAGCUCCAUCAAUACAAAUUGAAGAGAUGGAAGACGAACUCAAGGCCAUUAGCGCCGAGCUGGCGUCAUCCAUCCGACGUGAAAUGGACCUCGAAGAUUUGGUCGACAGACUUCAAUCCGAAAUUAACAAUCCCCAAGCCCCCGGUAAAAGAACCAGUGAUUACUUCUCCGAUUCGGGCUACAGCUCAGCAAAGUUCAGCGAAUAUGAUCAGAAUAAAGAAGAGGUUGAGAAGAUUCAACGACGUGCAGAGCAGGAGAAGGCCUCCAUGCGGCUGGAGUUGACCAAUAAACUUCAAGAAGAACGUAUGCGGAGGACUGAGUUGGACCAGCAGAUCAAAGAACUCGCUGAGAAGGCUUCACAAAUUGAUGCUGCUCAGAUCAACAGCGCCGACGCCAACAACCGUCUAAAAGAUCUGGAGCACACAUGCGAGGAUCUACGACGCAGACUAAGUGAAGAAAUUCAGGUCAAGUCAAACUUCGAAGACCUGUUGUCGGUCCUUAAGGUCGAGCUCCAGAGUGCUACCAAUGAACGCGACAACCUUCGCGAUGAGAUCGUACCGCAGCUCAAGGCCCAGCUUGAGGGUCUAGAAGCUGAGGCUUCCGAGUAUGCCAACUUGACUUAUGAAUCGUCCAAGAUGCAACAAGAGCUGGAAGCCUUGAAGCAGGAGAACAAGGUCCUGAAAGCAACAGGCCAACAAGCCCAAGGCGAUACCCGCUCUAGGAGUUCCACCAUGCGCUCUGCCCCCAGACUGGCCAGGUCCAGCUCUGUAACCGCCGCCGCCCCCUUUGCCCUCCAGAAGGCUCCCAUGGGCCUCACUCGGUCCAAUACUGUAAAGUCCGGUGUGACCGAGUCUCGUGAGCAAUUGUCCGAGCGGCUCAAGGACGUUGAGGCCCAAAGGGAUGCACUUCACAACGCCCUGAAGAGCCUCCUCGAAAGACAAGAGUUCCAGAAUCGCGAGAAUGAGAAGAGAAUAAAGUCCCUGGAAGUCGAGCGUGACCGCCUGAUGGCUUCAUCUCCGCGAAAGGCAGGAUUCGAGAAGGAUAUCUCCAAUCUGCGCGUGGAGAUCAAUGUGCUGCGCCGCCGCGCCGAGGAAGCUGCCGAACAAAAGUGGCAGGUCGAGAAGGGCCUUGCUGGCCUCAAAAUGGAUCUUGACCGCGCCGAGGAAGAAGUCGCUGCCCUUCGUGGCUUGCUGAAGGAGAAAGACAUUCUCAUACCGCCUUCCAUGGCUCGUUCAAGUAUCGACCACACGGCACUUGCUACACCUAUCACCUCGGAAUCUCUUGAGGCGGCGUUUAAGGACCUCCAACUUGCCUACAAGGAAUCUCUUGCUAAGAUCAAGAACUUGGAAGGCAAGGGACCAUUGAUCGCACAAGAUGAAUCUACCCAACUUGCUAUCCAGAGGCUUGAGCAGUCUCUUUCCUCGGCCGCUUUUGAGCGUGAUGCGGCGAAAGAAGAAAUGUCGGUGUACAAGGAUCAACUAGAAAGCCUUGCUAGCAGUGAAGUAGCACACUUAGAGAGCGAGCGUGCACUUGCGGACGAGCUGCGCUUCUCUGCUCAACGAGUUGAAGACCUUGCGGCACAGGUUCAGAAACAGCUUUCCCUGAACUCAGAGCUCCGCCAACGCCUCACUGAGGCUGUUGCGCGUGGAGAUGCUGACCGUAAGGCCAAUGCGGAUCGUAUUACACGCCUGCAAAGCCGUCUUAAAAAUCUGGAGGAGCAAUUGCAGGCUGCCCAAGCCUCCUCAGAGGAGCGAGUUACCCGGCAUGAAGAGCAGGUAAAGGAACUCAAGGAUGCCCAAAACGCUCAGCUUCGCCGCAUGAGCCCGUCACCGAUGGGCAACGGGCUCAAGUCUUCUCGCAAGACUAGCCUUAGCCCUUUGCCAUCCCCAUUGUUCCCUCGUUCGCCGCGCCCUCUCCCCAAACAGUCUGUCGAAGACGAAACUCAAAUCGACAGGCUGCGCGUCAAGGUCGUGGAGUUGGAGACGGCACUCACGAACGCUGAUUCGGAGAUGCAAGACGUCAUUGCACGUAUGAGUGCCGCACAAAUCGAGGUCUUGACCUUGCAGGAAGAGCGUGAGGCCGCGAGGCGCGAGACGAGACGCCUCCAGCAGGAGUUGGAGAAGGAGAGAAUGAAAUCCUUCGAAGAUCGCUUCAAGUCACUCAGCGGCAACGUCUAA